AUGUGUGUGUUAUUAUCCCUCUCCUGGUUCUGUGGUUCCUCUGGAAGGCUAGGAAUCAUGCACGAUUUGAGGGUUCGCCUCUAUCGUCGGGCCACGUCAUCUCUCAAGUCUGCAGCUUCAUGGAGCAGAUGUGCAAAGAGGGUCCCGGGGAGCAGCAAGAGGCUUUCCCGACCACAGGUGGUCACGUGGGUUAAGCCUCCACAAGGCAGAUGCAAGUUGAAUACGGACGCGAGUGUCUCGUCUUCAGGAGCCAUUGGCGGAGGGAUUCUUCGAUCAGCAGAGGGGGAUCUCGUAUUUGCAUUCUACAAGGAGUUUGGGGAUCAGGAUGUGCUUAUGGCGGAGGCUCUGACACUAUUGGAAGGGUUGAUGCUUUGUCGGCAAGGGAAUCACCGGACUUGCCAGAUAGAGGUGGACUCCAGGGUGCUGAUCAAAGCAAUGGUAGCAGCCUUGGAUGCCUCUAUAGCCCACAUUUUUCGGGAAGCGAACUCAGUAGCGGAUGCACUAACGUCAUCUAAACUUCCCUCAAAUGCAGUUCUCGCCUCUGAGGCAUCUCUGCCUCCUAGGGCCCGCACUGCCCUCCAGCUGGAUAGGCUUCAAGUCCCUCAUGUGCGGUUUCGCCGCCCUCGGUAG